AAUGAUUUUUUUUAUUCUGAUAAACUUGAUUUUGUUAAAGCACAAAAAUUUAAGAAAAAAUAUCAUGAUGCGUUAUCUUUAAUAACAGAAUAUAAUUAUCUUGGAUUAAAAAUAAUUAAUACUGAAAAAAAAUAUCAAGAAUUAAUAUCUAUUGCAGCUUUUUUAAAAAUAACACUUCAUCCAACAAAGAGUAAUUUACCAUUUAUUAUGGAGGAAAUUGAGGAGAAAAUCAAGUGUUGGUUAUGUUUUAGCAACAAAAUUAAAUUAUCAUUUAUCGAAACCGAUUUAUUUUAUCAAUAUUUAGCGUCAAAAACAUCAAGUUUUGAUGAAGAAGAAUUGAUAAAUAUUUUAAAUAACGAAGAACCCAAACAUUUAUUUCAGGUUGACAACACAACACUUUAUGAGAGAGAUAAUGAUGAUGAGAUAAAUAAACGAGCAUUUGAGAUAUCAAAAAAAGAUAAUAUUCAUAAAAAGAUUAACGAAAUUAUUCAAAAAAUACAAAACAGAAAGGUUUUGUGGUGGUAG